AAAAUCAUCCAUUUCAUUUCUCUCAUAUUCUUCUUUUUACAACAACUUCCUUUGCCUCUCAUCGGUAAUUAAUUCAUAUCCUAUUCAAGAAUCUUGUGCGUACCCUAUAGGAAUUGCAACAACAAUGAUGAUUGAUGAAAAUAUGUUGGUGAAAGUAGGUCUCUUUGCAUUAGUCCAAGCUUUGGUUUAUUUGAUUCUAUCAAAGUCUUCAAACAUAUUCUCCAAGACACAAAGAUCAUACAGCUUCAAAACAGUUCGUUCUUUAAGCAUUCGCAGGAUGGCCGCCGCACUCGCCGACUUACCUGUGGGUGGUGAGCCAUCUCCCUCUUCCUUCAAGGACUUGAGCUCUUCUAAGUCUUUCCAAGACAACUAGUAUUUGAUGGCCUCAAAGAUCAUGGCUUGGAAUAGUUAGCUUCCUCUUUUCUUUUUUAUAUUUUUGCUUUUGUGAGCUUUUAUGUAUUCUUUGAUUUGUUCAUGGAUAAAUUAGCUGGUGUGAAUUUGGGAUAAUAUUCUUAUUUUAAGUAUUGUAAAUUAUUAGUUGGAUGGUCAUUGUAAAAAUUACUACUACGUGUUUCGAUUACUCUUGAUUAAAUUUUGUCUCAAAUUUGUGAAUA